AUGAGUAGUGGAAAACUUGUUUUAUCUGACAACAAUUUUGAAGAUCAGCAGUACCUAAUUACCAAAUCCAAAAGGUAUUCUUCAACAAAUAGCUCAUUGAUGAGUGGCAUACCUUCUGCAUCCAACUCCAUAGCCACAUCUACUUCCACAUCGAAUUCCGUAUCAGACCCUACAACAAUACCACUACUACCACAAACUCAAUCAGGAGGUUCAGUAUCAAUGAAGACUAACCAGUAUCAGCAACAACCACAACAACAACAAAUGCAACAACAACAAAUGCAACAGCAACAGCAACCACUGGCGUCUUACCUAGAUGGAGUACAGAAUAAUAAACAAAGCCUGAUUCAAGGCCAAAACUUGCCGCGUCUACUACAACAGUCAGGUCAACAAAAUACUUCUCAUCUAAUGCAUCUGACCCAAGCGCAACAACAACAACAACAACAACAACCGUAUGACUUUUCAUCCUCUACAAAUCAACCAUCCAUAUACGCAGCAUACCAGCAACAACAACUGCAACAACCAACGUACGACAGUUAUCAGCAGCGACAAACAAUAUCCCAGCCCCUCAAUUCAUACGCAGCAUUGUCACAAUACAACAGUGCACCAUAUCUGGCUGGCACUAUAAAUACAGGUGCACCCACGCGAUAUCUGUAUCCUGGUAUCAGUAUUGGUGUAGGAAUGGGUAACAGUAAUAGUGGUAAUCCAGCAGCAGCAACAGCUACCACAUCUUUACCUAUCUCAGCAACCGGCCUUUCCACAGACUUGGACCCAACAGCGCACGAUGCCAAACGAGGUAGACGCUUUAGAAGAAGAUAUAACCAGAUUGUGAGAAAGUACCCUUGCUCGUUUCCAGGAUGUCUGAAAAGCUACGGUUCAUUGAACCACUUGAACACCCAUAUUGUAACAAAGAAGCACGGCCACCGUAAGUCUAAAGCUGAUUUCCAAACCAAUGUUGCAAAAGACCCAAAGUCUGAGCCUUCGUAUACAACAGAGUCACCACAAUUGCAUCAGCACCAGAACCAGAACCAGCACCAGCAUCAACAAUCUUACUCGCAAUCAUAUGCCCAGCAUCAGCAACCUUUUUAUCAACAACAGUCCCUGCAACAAGGUCAAUACAUGACUCAACCAAGUGGCACAGACUAUAGUGCCGGUUCUUACUGGUAUGGAGUUCCACCAAGUACGGUUCGUCCAGAUGCUUACACACAAGUGCCGCAACAAGGAACUGCAUCUGGAACUGCAUCUGGAACCGUUUCCGGGACUGCAUCGUCAGCAUCCAACUUGUAUUACCCAGGUUUCCAACCUUCUUCAACCAUGUCAAGUGGCAUUGGUAGCGUAGGGUUAGGAACUGGUAGUGCUGUUGGUAGUGCUGGUAGUGGUGGCAAUAGCGCAGCUAGUGGGUUGAGUCAGCAUUCGCAAUACCAGCGCGCACAAGGACUGUCUGGUAACACCAUUGGUGGUGGAACACAUGCGCAGUAUUUUGCUAGCCAAAUGAAUCCACAACACAUACAACAGAGCUACUAUCAGCCAAUGAACCUGGCACAAACUUAUGGCCAACAGGUUCUGCCGCAACAACAAGCUCAACUGGUACAGUCCCAACAGGGCCACCAAUCGCCGCAAUAA